AUGAAGGUCUCUGCUACUAGUAUGGCGGCCCUUGCCGCCGGUGCCGUCGCCGCACCAUCAAACGUCUCGCCUCGCUCAUCGAACAAGGCUGCCGCCGCCUGCGACUCGGCCGUCACGCUUGAUGCCAGCAGCAACGUGUUCCAGAAGUACAAGCUGCACGCCAACACGUUCUACCGUUCGGAAGUAGAGAAGGCCGUUGAGGGAAUGACCGAUGCUGCUCUGAAGACUCAAGCAGCCAAGGUCGCUGAUGUCGGUAGCUUCUUGUGGCUCGACAACAUCGCCAACAUCGCCAAGUUCGAUGCUGCCAUUUCUGACCUUCCAUGUGAAAACAUUCUUGGUCUCGUGAUCUACGACUUGCCCGGUCGUGACUGUGCCGCCAAGGCUUCCAACGGUGAGCUCAAGUACAACGAGCUCGACAAGUACAAGACUGAGUACAUUGACCCCAUCGUUGAGAAGAUCAAGGCCAACCCCAACGCGGCCUUUGCUCUUCUGAUCGAGCCCGACUCUCUGCCCAACUUGGUCACCAACGCCGACUUGUCCACCUGUCAAGAGAGCGAGACCGCUUAUGAGGAGGGUGUCGCAUAUGCGCUCAAGAGCCUUAACCUUCCCAACGUCGUCAUGUACAUCGACGCUGGCCACGGUGGCUGGCUUGGCUGGGACGCCAACCUUAAGCCGGGUGCUGAGGAACUCGCCAAGGUCUACAAGGCCGCUGGCAGCCCCAAGCAGGUUCGUGGCUACGCCACUAACAUUGCUGGAUGGAACUCCUGGGACGAGGAGCCCGGCGAGUUCUCCGACGCGUCCGAUGCCAAGUACAACUCGUGCCAGAACGAGAAGACGUACGUCACCAAGUUCUCGGCUGCCCUCAAGACGGCAGGCUUCCCCGAGCACGCUAUUGUGGACACUGGCCGCAACGCAGUUACCGGCCUCCGUGAAGAGUGGGGUGACUGGUGCAACGUCGACGGCGCCGGCUUCGGUGUUCGCCCAACUGCCGAGACUGGCUCGGAUCUAGUUGAUGCCUUCGUCUGGGGCAAGCCCGGUGGUGAAUCUGACGGUACCAGCGACGAGAGCGCCACCCGUUACGACUCGUACUGCGGCAAGCCCGAUGCCUUCAAGCCCUCGCCCGAGGCUGGUGAAUGGAACCAGGCUUACUUCGAGAUGCUCCUCAAGAACGCCAACCCCAAGUUUUAGGCAAUUGAGAAGGAUAGUCGAACUUGGUAGUCAUACCUGGUAAUGGUACCUGACAUUCAUACCUGCACAUGUGGUACAGUGGUAGCAUUUGGGACCGACUGGUUGGUGUGGCUAGCGAAUGCAGGUGACGUGGAGCUUCAGCUCAACUCAGCCCAAGCUGCGUCCAAGUCAGCUCAAAAAGCUUGUUUCGGGCCCUAUGGCAUGGCUCGAUGCAACUGCAGAUGCGACGCUGGUUCCACGCUGAUUUCCUCGUUCGACUUUGUGUUAGAUUGGAAAAUUCUACUGUAUAUAGCUUCUGCGCAGUACAUAUAAAUUUCUUGACCUUAUGAUAUAUGACAUGAUGUUCUGGCCCUUGCAGGAUUAAAAAUAG